AUGUCGCUCUCUCGAUCACCCUCCCCCCACCCGGGAGGCGGGUGGUCAAGCCCGGGACUCACCCCCGGCAGCGGCACCUCGACGCCUCGCAAUGAUUUCCUCUCCCCCAAUUCCCACGGCCCCAGCAGCAUCUCCUGGGCGGCGGCGCGCGCGAAGAGCGAUGAAGUCCGGGGUUAUCCGUCCUUCUCGACCAGGAAUAAUGGGUUCUUCUCUCGGUCGAAGCGCAAGAUCUCGUCUAGCUUGCCACGGUUUCGCAUGAACGGCGCGUCAAGUAACGGCUAUCAUGAUAAGGAUGAAUACUGGCGGGGACAGAAGUCUCCCGGGAUGGGGCUCCGGUUCGGUUUUGCCAGGGGUCUGCUGCGGAGGAGGCGAUUGCGCGCCUUUUUAGGAUUGAUUAUUCUGUUCUUGGGGUAUUUGUUCUUCUGGACAGCCAUUAUCCAGAACUACCGGCGGUCGUCUUUUGGCGGAGGGCGCAAGUUCGUGAUCAUAUUGCAGUCCAAUGUGGAAGGUGGGGUCAUGGAGUGGAAGGGGGCGCGCGAAUGGGCACUUGAGCGCAACAGCAUUUGGAACAAAAGGGAGUACACGAAGCGCUGGGGUUAUGAAUUGGAAGUAGUCAACAUGCUGGCCAAGAAGCGCUACUCCCAUGAGUGGCGCGAGAGCUGGGAGAAGGUCGAUAUUAUUCGCGAGGCUAUGAGAAAGUAUCCGAAUGCGGAGUGGUUCUGGUGGUUGGACCUCAAUACGUGGGUCAUGGAGUACUCAUACUCUCUUCAGGAGCAUAUCUUCGAUCGCUUGGAGACUUUGACUUAUCGUGAUAUCAAUAUGUAUAACCCAUUAAACAUCACCCAUCCGCCCACGGCACCGUAUCUGGACGCAAUCUCCCGCUCGGCAGAGGGCGACGGAGAUCCCUCAUCGAUCGAACUGCUGCUUUCACAAGAUUGCGGAGGCUUCAACCUGGGGUCCUUCUUCAUCAAACGCUCGCUCUGGUCUGACCGACUCCUGGAUACCUGGUGGGACCCCGUUAUGUACGAGCAGAAACAUAUGGACUGGGAGCACAAGGAGCAGGAUGCGCUAGAGUAUCUAUAUCAGAGUCAGCCGUGGAUUCGCAGCAGCGUCGCGUUUAUCCCCCAGCGUUUCAUGAACGCAUUUCCUCCCGGCGCAUGCGGCGAAGGCGGUGAUCCGGAUGUGCAUUAUUCGGAGAGUGAACGAGACUUCCUGGUGAAUAUGGCCGGGUGCCAAUUCGGCCGCGACUGCUGGGGAGAGAUGUAUCAGUAUCGCGAGCUAAGCAAGCAACUGAACCGCACGGGCUGGCAGCGCGUCCAAGAUAGGUUGGCGAAAUUCUACAAAAAGCUCCUCAAGAAGGGGGGCAAGUCAGAAGAUCAGCAGCACAACAUGUCAUAA